UCGCGAGCAGUGCGGCUGGUCGGGUCGGUGCGUCGUGGUUCGCUGCGGCAUCAAGGAGGAGGUUCUGCUACAGACCAACGUGGGACAGAUACCCACGGUACAACCCCCCCCCCCCCACCACCACCACCACCCUCACCCUGUGGGAGAUACACAAGAUUUAGCGUGGCGGGUAGACGUGGUGGACGCCUUGACGUGGGAACGCUUUCGUAAAUAAUAAUCAUCAUCAUCAACAACAACAAUUCCUAAACGGCGACUGUUGUUUGUGUCUACACAUCGACUGCAACCACCGCUGCCUAUUGCCAAGGCUUGGACGGGAACAUUGUAUUCAACAACAACAACGGCUACAACAACAACAACAACAACCACAACAACGCGUGGUUGACACGGCAACACGCAGCUUAGGCUGUUCCGAGUGUGACGCUAACUGCGGUGCAACUUUCCGGCGUCUGAUACGAGACGAUCGACACUGAGCACCAUCGGCGUCAAGUGCGAGAUACAGUUCUGCACAACUAAACUGUCGUUUUUGUUUAGACAACAAUCAACAACAGUCAACAACAAUCAACAACAACAACCAGUCUGAUAUAAGCUUAUUUCCCAAAGUUGCUUGGUUUAGCAGCAGCAGCAGCAGCACUUUCAACCAAUCUCACACCAACUUUGCAAAAAAGCCAUUUUUACAACAACAACAAAAACAACCAACAACAACAACCAACAACAACCAACAACCAACCACCACCACCAACAACAAACAAAAGUGACAAUGUACAUCAACUACCGGCUGCAGGAGAAGGACCCGAACGGUUCCACGCCGCCAAUGUUCGCGAGCUCGCGUCCACCCAACAUCAACCUGGGCCCACCGACCAACUUCGCGGUGCCACCACAGUACCACCCGCACCACCACCACCCGGACUAUCCGCCCGGCUACCACACAGCUCCCGGCGACCACCACGGCCUGCAGUCCACCUCGUGGCCUCACCCCUACGUGGCUCAGCCGCGCGACGACUGGCACGGAUUCGCGCUGGCACCGCCGGGCACCAUCCCCACGUCGCUGCACUCUGGUCAAGUGUUCUACUCGCCGUCGGCAGACUUCGGGCCCGUGCAGACUGCCGGUGGCUCCGUGAUGCCCUCCCUGGGGCCAGGCGGACCUGGCGGUGGUGGUGGCGGUGGAGGUGGUGGAGGCGGUGGAGGUGGCGGCGGCGGUGUUGGUGGUGUAGGAAUCGGGCAUCUUGGAGUUGGUCUCCAGAAAGGAGGUGGAUUCGAGUGGGUCAAGAAGGCGGCACAACCGGCAAAUGGAGGCAAAACGCGUACCAAGGAUAAGUACCGCGUGGUGUACUCGGACUAUCAGCGGCUGGAGCUGGAGAAGGAGUUCCAGGCGAACCGAUUCAUCACCAUCAGGCGCAAGUCCGAGCUCGCAUCGCACCUGGGCCUCUCCGAGAGACAGGUGAAGAUCUGGUUCCAGAACCGACGAGCGAAGGAACGGAAAGUGAAUAAGAAGAUGCAGCAGCAGCAGCAGCAGCAGCAACAACAACAGCAGCAGCAGCAACCGCGCGUAUCGUCAGCCUCCCCAGAGAUCUCGUCGGGCAUGCCGACUCAUAGCAGCGGCGCAAACGUCGUGAGCAGCAGCAGCCUCAUCUCGGGAGGGGUUUCCCUGCAGUGAGAGCCAUCGGGGGGCAACCCACACGCAACGUCGGCCCGCCAACGUUGGCGCGACGUUGGCCCGCCAACGUUGGCGCGACGCUGGUCCACACCCGUUAGGUGCGCGUGGGGUGUACAUUGCGGUCCGCGUGUGAACGUGUGAGUGGCGUCUACGUCGUGCGUUUUGUGAUAUAUUAAAAAUAGUAAUGUAUAAGUUGGGCGGCAAUGCGUCUGUGUGUGUGUGUCAAAUCAAGAUUGUCUUUGUUGCUGUUGCUGUUGUUUCGUGCGCGUGGUUAGUCGAUCUUAAACCACCUGGGGGGGGGGGGGUUGUGUUUCCCGUGAUCUCCUACCAGUACCUAGCCUGGCACCGGAGCUGCGGGUGACGUUGCCGUUGCUUGCAAGUCGGUUGUUGUUGUUGUUGAUGUUGUUGAUGUUGUUGUUAGAGCUGCGUGCGCGUUUGUGCGCGUGGUGGUGGGGGGGGGGGAGAGCGGUUACCGCGUUGCGCUACGAACCCGGCCACCCGAGUUGGUCUUGGAUCUCCCCUAGGUCGACUCAGCCUCAAAUGUGUAUCUGGUGCGGUGUGGUGAGCAUCGACAGUGGGGAGACAAAGGCGGCUGAGCGUGGAGCUGGCCACCCCACCCGCUCGUGUACCGUGCCAGCCUUCGUAGGUGCUACUCGCUAACAGCACUUGCCCCUACAGUCAACGGGGGAUCUUUGUCUUUGGAAUCGUGUGUACGCGGGCAUGUCCACGUGUGUAAAUGUCUAUGCUGGUGGUGGUGUAUGCUUGCUUGCUAUGUAUUUGUCAGUGUGCAUAUGUGUGUGCCGGGUGGCUAAAGCACAGCAAGUUUACACAGUAGGGGGGCACAGGUGGUGCAUCAGCCAGUCAUCUCGGUCUUCUCAGUCAGUCGAUCCGUGGCACCUGCUGGGUCUGCCCCGUGACCUCCUGCCAGCGGGUGUUCGACACUUCACGUGGCCUCAAGGUGCACAUGGCCUGGCACGAGCGUCGUGGUGACGUCACCGCCACUUAGUGGCGAAUGGCGGUUGUUGUUGUUGUUGUGUUGAAUCCCCCCCUUAACAUCGUACACAGAUGUGAAGCUUUCGUGACUGCAGGAAUGAAUCGAUCACGACGUUUCGAUGGCCACACAAGACACCGUUUUCCCACCUGAAGAUGUUUGCUUGUGCGGCGAUCGAA